UAAGUGGUAGAAGUGAAUUCAACAAAAUAAUGAAAAUUUUCCACAGUUCCAUUGUGUUGGUGUUGGUGUUGGUGUUGGGUACAGCUACGGCUGUCCCGAAAGAAAUUGAACAAGUUGUAUUUCCAUCAGUGGGUCAAGGCGGCUUUGGAAAUCAACCAACGAAUCAAUUCGGAAGCUAUGGAAAUCAACCAACGAAUCAAUUUGGAAGCUAUGGAAAUCAACCAAUGCGCCAAGCUGGUGGCGGCGGAACUCCAUCAGUUGGUCAAGCUGGCUAUGGAAAUCAACCAACGAAUCAAUUCGGAAGCUAUGGAAAUCAACCAACGAAUCAAUUCGGAAGCUAUGGAAAUCAACCAACGAAUCAAUUUGGAAGCUAUGGAAAUCAACCAAUGGGCCAAUUUGGAGGGUAUGGAACUCAAGGCGGCUAUCAGAGUGGCUAUCAGGGAGGUUUUGGAGGUGUACAAAGAAGUUGGCCAAGUGGUUCGCAGCGUGGUUCGCAGGGAGGCUCUGGCUGGCAACCAAAAUUUGCGUAUUGAGCGUUUGACAGCUGAACACAAGCAAAACGUAACAUACAAAACAAAUGUAACCAGACUGUGUGGUCAAUGGCC